AUGCAGCUGUCCUUGACUCAACCACCUUCCUGGACACUGCUCCUACUCCUGGUGUCCAACCAGCUUCUGUGGGAGAACGUGGCAUCUGUACCCAUGUGCGCAAUGAGGAACGGCCGCUGCUUUAAUUCCUUGGGUGACAUGUUUGAUGUAGCAGGCAGUCAGUCUCGUGAAAUCAGCCAAAAAGUUUCAGAAAUGCUCACUGAAUUUAAAAACCACUAUGCUGAAGCCCACGGGUUCAAUGACACAGUCCUCAUCCGCUGCCACACUUCUUCCCUCUCCAUUCCAGAAAACGAAGCCAUGAAAAAACAAUUUGGCUUCUUGCUGAAAUGGGUGGGCACUCUUUUGAAUGCCUGGGAAGAACCUCUACAACACUUGAAGGAAGAACUAUCUACCUUGAAAGGCGUCCCUGCUAGUGUUAUCGCCAAAGUCAAAGACAUCAAGGAAAAGAGCUCGGGACAGCUGGUUGGCAUCAAAACCCUUCUCAACGUGCUUUACCCUAGAAAUGCAGAAGCUGUGAACUUCCCUACCUUGCCUGAAGUGGCAUCACCGAAGUCAGCAAAUGAAGAUGUUCGCAUUUUGGGUUAUUAUAACAAGCUCAGCUGCCUAGAUGGUGACUAUAAGAAGAUUGACAUUUAUCUCAACGUCAUAAAGUGCAAGAAUUUAAAAAUGAAUAAUUGCUAA